AUGGUCGUCCUGGGAUCGGGCGGGCACACCGCGGAGAUGCUGAGACUCUUCAAGAACUUUGAUGCCUCGGUGUACCGUCCUCGGGUGUAUGUCGCCGCGGCCACCGAUGCCCUGAGCGGGGUCAAGGCCACUGCCUUCGAAAAGGCUUGGGCCGGCAUUCCUGGCAAGGGAAGUGAUCCCUCGGGCCCCGCCUACCAACAGGCCGUGAUACCACGCAGCAGGGAGGUGGGCCAGUCCUGGACCAGCAGCGCACUCAGCACGGCCCAUGCCAUGCUGUGUGCGCUGGCCUUGGUGUUCCGAGCAAGGCCAGACCUGGUGUUGGUGAAUGGGCCGGGCACCUGCAUCCCCGUAUGCCUCUCUGCACUCCUGGCAAGGAUGCUGGGAGUCGCCACCGCCAAGAUCGUGUAUGUGGAGAGUAUAGCGCGGGUGUAUCGGCUGUCCCUCUCCGGGAAGAUCUUGUACCAUGCUCGAUUGGCAUCGAUCUUCUUUGUCCAGUGGCCAGAACUGCAGGCCAAGUAUCCACGCAGCGUCCUCGCUGGUCGGCUGAUGUGA